GAAAAUACGGUUUUAAGGGCAGCUUUGACUCCUCAAAUGGUAUCAGUCAUCCCGAAUGCUGUGGUUACAUCACAGUUUAAGCCGAAUCCCAGUGCACAAGAUAAAAAUUUUAAAUCAUUUUACUACUGUGAUAUUUCUCAGAAAAUUUUACUGAAAAAGUCUUAUAAAGGUGGUGAUGGACCAAAGAGAAUCGAUUUAGAACAAAUGAGGGAAAAAAAUUCGCUUCAUGAUCGUGUUGAAUUUAUCGGUCCAGUUAUGCAUCAUGAAGUACAUAGUGUAAGGAAAAAAAUCCAUACUUGGUUUUGCUCAUGUGUCGCAUCAAAUAGUUUACAAUUAUACAUUACUUUAUUUCAGGUUUUGACAAAAGGUCACAUUUUUUUGAACACCAGUUUAACUGAAGCAUUCUGUAUUGGUAUGGUUGAAGCAGCUUGUUGUGGGUUACUUGUUGUGAGCACAAAAGUUGGUGGUGUGCCAGAAGUUCUACCUAGACACAUGAUUAUUUUUUCUAAGCCUGAGGAAGAAGAUCUUGUUGAUGCAGUGUCAAAAGCUAUUAAAAUGAUCAGACAUAAAGAGGCUGUACCAACAAAAUUUCAUGAUGAGAUUAAAGAAAUGUAUAGUUGGAGUAAUGUUGCUGAGCGAACCGAAAAGAAAGGUGAUAAUAUAGUUAUUUAG